ACUUUUGUGUGGAGAGUGGGCGGUAGCAGACAUGUUUUUCUUCAGCCAGAUGACUGUUCAGUGACAGAAGCUGAGAGGACGGCGAUACUGCCACCAAGAAGCCAUCAUGUUUCUCCAAAAACUGUGGGUGUAUUUAUCGACGAUACUCAUGUUUGGCUACAUGGUCAGCCUCAGUUUGACGUUAAGGAUUAUUUAUUUCAUCUCACCUAACAUCCUCAAGAAAUUCACGCUGUCAAUGGGAAAAAAGUUUACACUGACACAAAACCCCAAUUUCACAUAUGAAGACUGGGGCCUGACUUUCAUGUCGCUUUCCUUCAUCAAAACAGCGUCGCAUCAAAUAUGGCUAUCAAUGGGUCAAGAGGCGUUUGAGGGGAGAGCAGCGCCAGACUCACCUGUGGUCACCAUGGAGGGACAGGAGUCUAGCAUCUUCAAAUUCAUGAAAGACAAUAGACCGCUGGUCCUGAGCUUUGGCAGCUGCACCUGACCACCGUUCAUGUACAAACUUGAUGAGUUUAAGGAAAUCGUGCAGGACUUCAGCGAUAUGGCAGACUUCCUAGUGGUCUACAUCGCAGAAGCACACUCAUCAGAUGGUUGGGCCUUUACCAACAACUAUGACAUAAAACAGCAUCAGAGCCUCGAAGACCGGCUGUCCGCUGCUCGGAUCCUGGUUCAGAAGGACCUCCCGUGUCCAGUGGUGGUGGAUGUAAUGUCCAAUUGCACUUCUAUAAAGUAUGGAGCACUGCCCGAAAGACUGUAUGUGCUGCAGGCUGGGCAAGUCGUGUAUAAGGGAAAAAUGGGUCCAUGGGGCUACGAUCCAUUGGAAGUACGUGCCUUUCUGGAAAAAAUGAAAUAAGAGUGCUCGUAUCAAGCCAGAUCCAUCUGUCAUGCUUUUUGUGUUACAUAAUCCUUUUUACUUCUUAUGCAGUACUAUAUUCAACAUUUCCCAUAUAUUAUCCAAACAUAUACAGCAUAUGUUGUACUUUCACUGUAGUUGCUGCUAAUUUUGUAAGCCUUUGCACUAUUACUUUUGAAGGACACCUCAGACCACUGACUGUGGAGUUAGGAGUUUGAGUGACAGCUGCAGAGUAAAGCUCUGGCCUCUGCAGCUCGAUGAUAUUAACCCUGAGCCCAGUCCAUGAUGUCAGAGGUGUCCUUCAAUGACCCAAACGCCUGUUUGCUCCCAAGUGCUUGUGUUUUUGUAUAAGUCCAGUAUGUAGUGGAACAACUUGAGCUUCUCUUUCAGUGCCCCAAUCUAAUACUGUUGAAAGCUGCUUUACCAUGAAAGUUACAUCUUAAACGUCUGGGGGAUGUAACUGGAUCUACUGUAUGUACAUAAAGCAUGUUUUUCUAUACAUUAAAUUGGGACAUUUAAGAUUCAACAUGUAUUUGAAUUACCAACAUUUGUAUAAUUGAAUAUCUUUGUAUAAAAUUAAAAUAUCUUUUCUUAAGAACAA